AACACAGAUCUCAACAUGGACGACGCAGAUGUCAACAUGGGUGGCAUCGACCCAGCAAGACCACUUCUCCCAUAUGGAAUUCCAUAUCCUCCAGCGCUGCCGGAUAAGCUCAGGUGGCAGGACGGUGAGGGUGAAAUUGAUCCGGAUUGGCGCAGACACGCAAAGUACUUCGGGGCUAGAGACAAUGUUCGGGGUGAUGGCUUCGACAUCCGAUCUUGCCAUCCCAAUCUCAAAGGCAACGGCAGCUCUACAGGUAGUUGGGAAGUGGAUUAUCGGCUUGGACCCCCGAGCAACGGGGUAGUAUGGAACGACGUAAUCGCCAAGUGGGGAUUGCAAGUUUUGGACGCAGCUGGCUUUUUGGAUCUCGAUUUUGGCCUUCCGCAUUCGUCCCAAGAACCUCGAGGGCGGUACUUCCUCAAGAGGCCUGAGGUCUGGAAAGAUGAAACACUUCAUCCAGUAUUCAGGCGGGACAUGUGGAGGGAUGGCUUACUCGAUAGGGAGUGGUCCAGUAUGAAGCCGGCAUUCCUCUUGGCGAGUGCCUUGCUUGAUGAUCCUUCCACAAUGUGUCUCUUCUAUGCUGUGGCAACACCUUCAUGCCAUGUGUAUCUUUCAGAUCCAACGCUGCCGUUCUGCCGAAGGCUCCAAGUCCCGGAUUUCUUGACCGAAGCACAGCAGGCGUCUACUUUCCAGAAGAUCUGCGAUAUGCGACAACGGACUUACUUUUACUGGGAAUCUCCUGCGAACUUGGCACGGCUCGGUGCCGGCGCUGCCACUGGUGCUACCCACCCUAUCAACGAUAUCCAUAGCUUGUGGGUAUUCCAGCAGACUUUCGUGUCGUCAUUGCGAACUUUGUAA